CAAAAUUAGGGCAAUUUCUAAAAUUAAAUUAACAUUGGCGAAUUUCUUGCCUGAGCAUCGCCAUGCUUCCAUUUCUUCAUCCCCUGAAGUUCUCGUGAAUCACUUCAAAUUCCCUCUUUUCCAGCCAUUAUUCAAGCAAUGAUAUCUCAACAACACUUCCACUUCGCAUAUCCCAACUUCUACUCCUCCACCUUCAUCCCUUCCAAUCCAAUCGCAUCCAAAACCCUAAAACCAUCCGCCAAACCCUAUUCACUCACCACCACCGCGGCACGAGCAGUUCUGCAGUACAACCGGAAGCCUCAACUCGCCGGAGAACCCCCCCGAGUCGUCGUCAUCACCUCCGGCAAAGGAGGAGUCGGCAAGACCACCACCACCGCCAACAUCGGCCUCUCCCUCGCCCGCCUCGGGUUCUCCAUCGUCGCCAUUGAUGCUGACGUCGGUUUGCGCAACCUCGACCUCUUGCUCGGUCUCGAGAACCGCGUCAAUUACACCGUCGUCGAGGUUCUCAACGGCGAUUGCCGGCUCGAUCAGGCUCUCGUCCGAGACAAGCGGUGGUCCAACUUCGAGCUACUCUGUAUCUCCAAACCUAGAUCCAAACUUCCGAUUGGUUUCGGCGGGAAAGCGCUGGUGUGGGUUGUAGACUCCCUAAAGGCACGGGAUACAGGAGUACCGGAUUUCAUCCUCAUUGAUUGUCCAGCAGGAAUAGAUGCCGGAUUCAUCACGGCAAUCACUCCCGCGAAUGAGGCUGUGCUGGUGACAACGCCGGACAUCACUAGCCUCCGUGAUGCAGACCGGGUGACGGGGCUUCUGGAAUGUGAUGGAAUAAGAGACAUUAAGAUGAUUGUGAACCGAGUCCGGACUGAUAUGAUCAAGGGGGAAGACAUGAUGUCCGUGCUUGAUGUGCAGGAAAUGCUGGGUUUGCCAUUGUUGGGGGCGAUUCCAGAAGAUUCGGAGGUGAUCAGAAGUACGAACAGGGGAUAUCCACUGGUAUUGAACAAGCCACCUUCACUGGCAGGGCUUGCAUUUGAGCAAGCUGCCUGGAGGUUGGUUGAGCAGGAUAGUAUGGAAGCUGUUUUGGAAGAAGAAGAAAAGCCCAAGAAACGUGGGUUUUUCUCAUUCUUUGGUUGCUAAGAUUUGUAGUAAUUUUUUCCUAAAGGGGAGAAACUCUUAGCUCUGUACAGUAGAGAAGUGAGGUUUGCAGCUAUUCUGUUUUCAUUCUUUUCAUGUUUUAUCCUCUCUUGUUGUUGCUCAUGGAUUAUACAUUGUCAUCCUUCCAUUUUAGAUGAUCAAUUUGAGCUGAACUGUGUUAUCUGACUCCCAGUCAGUAAUCAAAUUCAUUUUUGUAAUCAAGGAUUUUGGUAGUUACUUUAUAUAGCUGCCUCAGCUUGGUGUCUAAUACUCCGUUGAUUAUUACAAUGAGAAGUGAAUUGCCU